AUGAAACAAAGUCAGCUGUGUGCAGAAAAUAUCCGUGGCAUCGAGGACUUUCUAGAUCGCACCUCGCAGCAGGGAAUGGAUGUGUCUCUGCAGAAAGUGGAGUCCAACAUAAACAUGAUGAUCACCAGCCUGUUCCGGACGCUCAGGGUGGAGGAGCUUCACCGCUAUAGAGACACGCUGAGGAGGGCCGUGCUGUUCAUGAGCCCCAGCACCGCCAAGGCUUUCAUCACAGAGGUGGUGGAAACUAACCUGGUGGCCUUCGAUUGUCACUGGAUAUUGAUUAAUGAGGAAAUUACAGAUUACGACUUGCAGGAGUUGGUGAUGAAAUCAAUCGGGCGCCUGACUUUGAUUCGGCAGACUUUUCCCAUGCCUCAGAAUACCACUCAGCGCUGCGUUAAGCACAACCACCGAAUCAACACCUCUCUGUGCGACCCCAAGAACCCCCGAGCCCAACAGCUGGAGAUCACAAAUAAGUACAUCUAUGACUCUGUGCUUCUGCUGGCCAACACCUUCCAUCGUAAACUGGAGGACCGCAAGUGGCACAGCAUGGCCAGUCUGAACUGCAUCCGCAAGAACACCAAGCCCUGGCAAGGAGGCAAGAGCAUGCUGGACACAGUCAAGAAGUUUGGGGUCAGCGGCCUCACCAGUUUUCUGGAGUUCACGGACAAUGGCACAAACCCCAAUAUCUUCUUUGAGAUUCUGGGAACCAACUAUGGCGAGGACAGAGGCCGUGGGGUCAGCAGGCUCGCGACCUGGGAUCCAGUGCACGGCUUGAACGGCACACUCACCGACCGCAAACUGGAGAACAACAUGAGAGGAGUGGUGCUUCGAGUCGUGACAGUUUUGGUGAGUAAAACCGCCCGGAUAACCUCGGAGCGUUUGUUUGAAAAUGGCCACGACUCCGUGAAGCUGAUCAAGUUCGCGGACGACACCACCCUCAUUGGACUCAUCUCCAACAACGAUGAGUCCGCCUACAGGAGGGAGGUGGACCGGCUGGUGUCCUGGUGCAGUGGUAACAACCUGGAGCUGAACGCCCAGAAGACAGUGGAGAUGAUUGUGGACUUCAGGAAGAGCACUGUCCCCCCGCCCCCACCCUCCGUGAUGGACUCCCCCAUCACCUCUGUGGAGUCCUUCCGUUUCCUGGGCACCACCAUCACCCAGGACCUCAAGUGGGAGCCGACCAUCAGCUCCCUCAUCAAGAAGGCCCAGCAGAGGAUGUACUUCCUGCGGCAGCUCAGGAAAGCCAAGCUGCCUGCACAGAUGUUGGUGCAGUUCUACACGGCCAUCAUCGAGUCCAUCCUCACCUCCUCCAUCACCGUGUGGUUCGCUGGAGCCACAGAGGAGCCGUUUGUGAUGGUGUCGGAGAAUGUGCUGGGGAAACCGAAGAAGUAUCAAGGCUUCUCCAUCGACGUCUUGGAUGCCCUGUCCAAUUAUCUCGGGUUCAAGUACGAGAUCUAUGUGGCUCCUGACCACAAGUAUGGAAGUCUGCAAGCCGAUGGCCACUGGAACGGCCUGAUGGGAGAACUGGUUUUUAAGCGUGCCGACGUGGGCCUCUCUGCCCUCACCAUCACGCCAGAGCGAGAGAGCGUGGUGGAUUUCACCACCCGCUACUUGGACUACUCAGUGGGGGUCCUGCUGCGGAAGGCUGAGCGCACCGUGGACAUGUUUGCGUGCCUGGCGCCUUUCGACCUGUCGCUGUGGGCGUGCAUCGCUGGCACCGUGCUCCUGGUGGGUCUCCUGGUGUACCUGCUCAACUGGCUGAACCCGCCGCGUCUGCCCAUGGGCGCUGUGUCCUCCACCACGCUUUACAACUCCAUGUGGUUCGUGUACGGCUCCUUUGUGCAGCAAGGAGGAGAGGUGCCCUACACCACCCUGGCCACCCGCAUGAUGAUGGGCGUUUGGUGGAUGUUCGCGCUCAUCGUCAUCUCUUCGUACACGGCCAAUCUGGCAGCCUUCCUCACCAUCUCCAGGAUCGAGAACUCUAUACAGUCUCUGCAGGACUUAUCGAAGCAGACAGAGCUUCCUUACGGCACGGUUCUGGACUCUGCUGUGUACGACCAGGUGCGCUCCAAGGCUAUGAACCCCUUUGAGAGAGACCCCAUGUACUCCCAGAUGUGGCGUAUGAUAAACCGAACUGGAGGAGCUGAAAACAACGUGGACGAGUCCAGAGAGGGCAUCCGCAAGAACGCCAUCAUCAUUUCGCCCCCCUCCGAUCACUGGCGCAUUCCAUUUGAACCGGAGCCAGCACUAGUUGCGUGUGAAGAGCAGGGAGGAGCAAUUAAAGUGGCGGGUGGUUGUUUUUUAAAAUGA